GCUGCUCUUCCGUUCAUUGGUGAGGCGCCUCCUUCGGUCCAGCACAAAGCCUUCGCGCUAUGUAUCAAUUCUUAUCUCGUUGCAAACUCUUUCCUUUCAUCAACCUUCGGUCUGGGAUUACAAUGGCCUGGCAUUCGGGCGGAAGAACGCACGAGGAGUUAGUAAACAAUUUGUUCAAUAAUGGCAUCAUCCGUACUCCUAGCAUCAAAGAAGCCAUGAUGAGUGUGGACCGCGGACUCUUUUCCAAAAGCCAACCUUAUGAUGACAGCCCCAAGCCAAUUGGUUAUGCUGCAACCAUAAGUGCACCACAUAUGCACGCACAUGCCUUGGAAGCUCUUAAAAAGGUAUCAAGCUGGGAAAAACAAAUUAAGCUUAUCACUCACGACGGUCGUUUGGGGUGGCCGGAAGAUGCGCCAUACGAUGCAAUUCACGUGGGUGCCGCUGCAUCAUCCAUUCCACAAGCACUUUAUGAUCAACUAAAACCUGGUGGACGUUUGAUCUGUCCCCACGGGCCCGAGGGUGGUAAUCAAGUCCUUGCUCAAAUCGAUCGCCUUCCCGACGGGACGUUCAAGGAAACAAACCUGAUGGGUGUCAUAUACGUUCCCCUUACCGAUAGGGAGCGUCAGCUGCGCCAUCGGUAA